CAUUACAAAGGCCCCACACUCACUAAUUAACGUAUCAACCCCAACCUUCAAUCAAAUUAAUUAAUCACUAAUCCAAUAACUAACCAAAUGGAGUUUUUCUUUUUCAUAAUCCCUUUUUAGCCAAAUCUAAGAAAAACUGUGUUGAUUUUGAGACAGCAUCAGAGAAAUGAAGCACUUAUAAAUUCUACCGGAAAUUAAUGAAGAGAGAGUGGCAUGCCGGCGGCGGCAGGUGAAGAACAUGACGGAAAGAGUGCCGGGAGCUAUCGGAACAAGCGCCAGCUUGGCUCUCCGAUUAGGGCAGACCAUUUUUUCUAUUGCUUCUCUUCUCUUCAUGUGUUUAGGCAUUGAUUUCUACAGUUAUACUGCUUUCUGUUAUUUGGUGAUCGUUAUGGGAUUAAUGAUUCCGUGGAGCGUAACUUUGAUGCUAGUCGAUAUAUAUUCUGUUUUUAUCAAGAAUUUACCUCAUCAAUCAAAAGUUUUAUCAGCUAUCAUAAUUGGAGAUUGGGUAUUAUCGUUUCUAGCAUUAGCAGCAGCAAGCUCAACAGCAAGUGUUACAGAUCUUUUAAUUGAGGUCGGAAAUUCAUAUUGUCCUGAUAAAUUAUGUAGCAGAUAUCAAUUAUCUGCUGCUAUGGCUUUUUUAACUUGGUUUCUAUCAUUUGUUUCUUUUCUCUUCAAUCUUUGGCUUUUCCCUUCCUUGUAAAUUUACAUUUACAGCUAUAUAUAGAAAAAUAUAAAUUGUGACAUGUAAUUGUUAGGAAAAAAUUGUAAAGAAUUUCUAUUGUCCUAUUCCUAUAGGCAAGUAAUUUCAGAAAUAUUUCAGUUUGAUUGCCACUUUUGAAGGGGAAAUACUUUAAGAUGAAGAAGCUAUAACAGAUGCUUAUGCUGCUCGUGUGUUUAAUAGGGGUAUGCACUGCAAAUGUUUGAUAAAAUGUCUGAGAAAUUUAUUGGCAAAAAACCCA